CAGAAGCAAUUUCCUCUUGAAGCUGACUUCCUUUCUGGAAAUGAUUUUUGUCUCGAGCCCUGUUGAGGCUCUCUAUGCCCACUCUUUGACUAACUUGUCCUUUUUUGUUCCCUUUCUUUGUGGCUGUGGCGCUGGAGUUGGUCUUCUGACUGUAAAUAAUCGCACUGAAGUUUUCCUGUAACUUUUUAUUUCAGUUCUUUUCUUGCAUCACGGCCAUCCAGCCAAGAGGAACAGACAAAGCACUCAUUGGUGCCCUCUGCAACAGAACACUACUUCGAGGGCUGGCUGCAAAUUGACGUGGCAUGGAAAAUCUCUGCUAAGUUUGUAUCCUGUUAAAGAAGCACACUCGCUGAGCUUGGGGGCCUGAAAGCACUAAAAGGUUUCCGGCUGGGAUACAACAUGGAUCGAGAAUUUCUUUGUUUUCAAACCUGGGAGCGAAAUAUUAUUUUUUUCCCUUUGGCUUUCUGGCUGAAGGCAAAGAAAAUCUAAAACAGUUUUUUGUGAAUGUUUUCACCGAUAAACGGAUUUUACAGCACCCUUCAUUUCUGCUCCUGGCCCCUUUUCUGCACUUUUACUUUUUUGCAGACUUUACCAUGGGGUGCGGAUUAAGGAAACUAGAAGACCCAGAUGACAGCAGCCCUGGGAAGAUAUUUUCAACGCUUAAGAGACCUCAAGUGGAAACAAAGACAGAUUCUGCAUAUGAGUACAUACUGCUAGAUUUUACAUUGGAAGGUUCAACAAAUCCAGAUGCCAUCAGGAUCAGCUCUGUGCUGGAUAUUGAAAAAAAGGUAGAGGACCAUUAUGCUAGAGGUUAUGUGGUAGGAGCUAUUCAUCCGGUUUUGCUGCCUGUUGGACGGAGGCGGCACUUUCCAGCAAGUCAACUGUACAGAGUUGUCCUGCUGCGUCUCAAACUAAGCCAGAAGCAUUCAGCAUCCAGAGUACACAAACACCCCAAGCUUGUGAUUGAGGAGUGUCCGUUGAUGCACGAAACACUAACGAAUGAGACAGUAAAGGGGCUGUUGGAGAAGAUCAAUGAUGCCGCCAAAAGAGGGAUGAAGUUUGUGGGAUUUAUAACACAGCCGUGUCCUUCAUCUCAAGUCUGCAAUGGCACAAGCCUGGAUGAAAACACAGAGUCAGAUUCAACGCUGCGCAGGAGGAGCCAAGAGCCGAGGAGGCAAAACUCCUCGGAUGAAAACGUCAAGGCCUGGAGCGAUGGCGUGCUCAGCGGUCAGUCCUCUGAGAGCGGAAUAGAGGAAGAAAUUCGGCCAGACAGCGGACAGCGUCCAGACUCUGACUUUCAAGAUGGACGAGAAGGCAGCCCCGGCCCUACAAAACUAAAGAAAGGAGAAGAUAACAGGCUGUACACAGUCUUCAACAUGUUUGAGGAUGAUUCUGCCUGUUGGACGUAUCACGAUGGCAUUCAGUCUCUCAAAGUGACACGGAAGGGGCCCGUGAUUAGUACUUUGGAUGCCGAUUGGCUGGAAUUAACCACAUAUUAUUACCAACAAGGACUGUCAUUAAUUGACUCAUUUGUAUGCUGGGAUGCUUCUAAAGUUGAUCACCUCUCCAAAUCAUUAGAAGGCUUGUUUAUAUAUGAAGAAGAAGGUUCAAGAAUCCCAGGUUCAAACAGGAAAGGAAAUGAUGCCAUAGUUGUAGAACAGUGGACGGUCAUUGAGGGCAGUGAGAUCAAAACGGAUUACGGUCCUUUGCUGCACACUUUGGCUGAGUUUGGCUGGCUUUUAACGUGCGUGUUGCCUACACCAAUCAUUCGACUGGACAGUGAGGGUAACCUGGCCACUAAGCAAGUAGUCUUUCUUCAGAGACCUGUUAUGUGGAAUCCAGCUGUCCAGACACCCGAGAAGAAAUCCAGCAAGCAGCUCAGAGAAGAAAAAGACGUUUCAAGCAGACGUGCUGGACGAGACCCGGCCAUUCCCCACCCUGCACCACAAGCCCAGCGGACAGAGGAGCUCCGUUUGUCCCCUCCUGCACCAGGUGGAUCCAAGGAAGGAGGUGCCCAACAGGGAAACUUCCCGGGAUUUAGCAGCAGCAGCAGCGAUGGCCUACUGAGGGAACUGGACGAGGGGCAGUUUGACCAGGAAGUCACUCAGGUCACAUGUAUGUGACCAGUAAUGGGACGGGAAGGGCCUGUACGUAAUUCAGCAAGCCAUGAAACCAGGCCUUAUGUUUAUAUAUACACAUCGGAAAUGUCCGUCAGCUUUGUGGCGUAGUGGUUAAGAGCAGCUGCAUUCUAAUCUGGAGGAACCAGGUUUGAUUCCCCGCUCUGCCGCCUGAGCUGUGGAGGCUUAUCUGGGGAAUUCAGAUUAGCCU